AUGGCGCAUCAAGUGCAAGGCAAGAUGGACCUCGAGGAGCGCGUCUCCUACAUCCAGUCCAACACGCACGAGAAGGACGCCAACGGCAACGGGUACGCUGACGCCAAGACGCCCGGUGAGCUCGAAGACGGCGCGUUGGUUGAAGGCGGUGCGCUGCACCUCUUUUCGCGCGAGGCGUUUGGUCUCUUUUCGCAGUACGGUGCGAUCGGCGUCAUCUACGGCAUGAUCCCGACCUUGGUCUACCCGCUCUACACGGUGUACCUCGGCAUGGAAGGCUACCAGACCGCGUCCUACGGCGUGCUCGUCACGACGGGCUGGUCGUUCAAGGUCUUCUUUGGUAUGCUCUCGGACUGCGUGCCCAUCAUGGGCUACCGCCGCAAGUCGUGGAUGCUCAUUGGCUGGACCAUCACGAUGAUCUGCCUCGCGAUCAUGACGUUCACGCCGUUCGGCAAGCCGUACUGCGACCGCCGCUUGACGACCAACCCCAAGACGUGCGACACGGCGCGGGCCAAGCUUCUCCCGGGGGACCUCGAAAAGUACUUUGACGUCGACGCGCCCAACCGCGGCACGCUCUUCAUCAUGAUGAGCAUGCUCGUCUCGUUCGGCUACGUCAUUGCCGCCUGCGCGUCCGAUGCCAUGGUCGUCCAGUACGCCCAGCGUGAGCCCGUGGCCAUUCGCGGCCGCGUCCAAACGGCCAUCUACGUCGUGCGCACGAUGACCGGUGUCAUUGCGCAGCUCGUCAUCGCGUUCUUCCUCAACGGCAAGGUGUACAAGGGGUCGUUUGACUUUUCGGUCAGUCCCAACGUCAUCUUUGGCAUCUGCCUCGUGCCCUGUGUCUUUGUCGUCUUCACCACCAUCUUUGUCGUCGUCGAGAAGAAGACGCCGCGCGUCCCGUUCACCGAGUGGAUGAGCAUGUUCUGGAACCUCCUCCAGAAGCGCGUCUUGUGGCAGAUUUGCGCGUUCCGCUUCAUCAGCAACUGCUUCCAGGCCAUGGGCGCGACGCCCGGUAGCCCCAUCUCUGCGUACUGGGCCGAGAUUGCCGACAUCGGUAACGAGGGCGCCACGUAUGGUCUCGUCACGACGAUCUCGAACCUCGCGUCGCCGUUUGCGUCGGUUCUCUACAAGUACAUUGACUCGUACUUCAAGGUCUCGGUCGACGACAUCAAGUCGGACACGGACGACAUCCGGUGGGAGGUCGCGUACUGCUACAUCAUCUCGUACAGCUGCAAGAUCGGUGCGCUCUUCUGGCUCUGGAUGCUGCCGCCGCAGAAGGCCGCCAUGCAGGAGCUCAAGAAGCGCGGCGGCUCGAGCAAGCUCGCGGGCAUCAUCUUGAUCGUCAUGUUCUUUGGUGCGCUCUCGUUCUCGUUGACGAGCAACAUCAUGGCCAUCUUCCCGUCGACCAAGUGCUACCGCAUCGCCGGCGGCAAGGGCACGGUCAACGGCACGUGCCCCGUCAAGAAGUAAACCAAAGACGCAGAAAGCAACGCUGCGCGUGUGUCUAGUGUCGUUCCUAAAUAUCACGAAGUGCCCUUGUGGUAAUUCCGUUUUAGUUUUGCGUGUGUGACGUCGACCGACUGGUGACAAUAUUCUCCAUACAAACGGCGAAAAUACAUAAAUGAGCUCAACAACUGUACUAGUACUCGG